AUGAAAAAUCUUGAUGCUCGUAAAUUUAUUAAGUUAUUUAAUAUUUUGAAUAAAAAGAAAAAAUAUCCUUAUUUUAAUUUAAAAUAUUUAAAAAAUAUAAGAAAUGGGAAAGAAGGAUAUGAUCUAAUGUCAAAUUAUAUAAAUGCCAAUAAAGGAAGAAUAUUAAAUGAUACAAUAAAAUGUAGAUAUGAAAAUAUAAUGACAAAGUUAACUACAAAUAUUACAGAAUUCAAUAAAGCAAUAAAUAAAAUAAAUAGUGAAAAUAUAUUAACUCCAUAUAACAGUACAAAGUAUAAAAAUAGUUUUAAUGUUAAUAAAAAAAACCAUGAUUUAUUAAUUGAAAUAACUUAUAAGAAUAGUGAAAAUACAAAUAUAAAUAAAAGUAAUAGUAGAAAAAAUGAUCUUAAAAAUAAUGAUAAAAAUUCUAAAUUAAUGAUAAUAGAAAGUUAUAAUAAAAAAAACAUAGAAGCAAAUAAAAAAAAAGUUAUAAACAAAUCUUCUGAUAAAUUAUUAAACAAUGAUGAACUAAAAAUAUUUGGUUCCACUGGGAAAAAAAAAAGAUAUUCAUUAAAUGAAUAUAAAGAAGGAAAAAAAGAUAAAAAUGAUGAUCAAGGAGAAAUAUAUGGAAAUCAUUUAAAAGAAGUAAAUUAUGAUAAUUUAAAUUUAGAAAAUAAAGCAAAUGAAUAUGAGAAAGAAUCUAUAGAUAAUAUUAAUAAUAACAAUAAUAUUAAAGAUGAAGAAGUAAGUCAUUUAAAUACAAAUGAAGUAAAUUAUAAAGAAGUUUCUUCAUAUAAUGAAAGUGAAAACGUAAAUAAUAAUGAAAAUUGUUCUAAGGUAAAGAUCACUAAAGAAAAUAUAAUAAAUAUAAAUGAGAUAAAAAAAGAAUCAAAAAAAGGAAAAAACCAAAAUAAAAUAUUUACUGAAGAUGAUAAUAUAGGAAGUAAUGAAAAAAAUUUAAAGGAAAAUAUGAUUAAUGAAGAGAAUGUUAAGGAAAUAAAUGAAAAAGAAGAAAUAAAAACCAAAAAACAAGAUAAUACAAAAAAAGGAAAUGAAAAUAUCAAUUUCCAGAUGAAAAAUAUUAAAUCAAAUAAAAAAUGUUUAUAUCCCCAUGAAAUUGUGGAAUAUUUAAACAAAUACAUUAUAGGACAAACUGAAGCAAAAAAAGUCGUAGCAAAUGCAUUAAGACAGAGAUGGAGAAGAAUUCAAGUAGAUGAAGAUAUGAAAAAAGAUAUAAUUCCUAAAAACAUUUUAAUGAUUGGUCCUACAGGUGUAGGAAAGACAGAAAUAGCUAGAAGAAUUUCUAUGUUUGUUGAUGCUCCAUUUAUAAAAGUAGAGGCAACAAAAUUUACAGAAGUUGGUUUUCAUGGUAAAGAUGUAGAUCAAAUUAUAAAAGAUUUAGUAGAGAUAGCAGUGAAAAGACAAAAAACAAAAUUUGAAAUAGAGAUAAGAGAACAAGCUGAAGAAACUGUAGAAAAUAUUAUUUUAUAUUCUUUAUUAGGGAAUAUAAAAGAGGAAGAAAAAAACAUAUGGAGAAAAUAUUUAAGAGAUGGUUCAUUAGAUGAUAAAGUGAUAAGUAUAGAUAUACCGAAUUAUAUAAAUAAUAAUAUUUUUUCCAAUGAUUCUGUCGAAAAUGCUGUAAAAGAAGCAUUAAGUAACCAUCAAAAUAUAAAAAGUGUAAAAAUUAUACAUCAAAAUAUUAAUAAACAAAAUGAUAAAAAAACAAUGACUAUAAGAGAAGCUAAGCAAAAACUAUUGCAACUAGAAAUUGACUCUUCAAUGAAUCAAGAAGUUAUUUUAAAAACAGCUAUUAAUUCAGUUGAAGAAGAAGGAAUUGUUUUUAUUGAUGAAAUUGAUAAAAUAUGUUCUAAAUCAAAUUCUUCAUAUAAUGGCCCUGAUGCAAGUGCUGAAGGAGUUCAAAGAGAUUUACUACCAUUAAUUGAGGGAUGCGUAAUAAACACAAAAUAUGGAAAUAUAAAUACUAAUUAUAUUUUAUUUAUAGCAUCAGGAGCAUUUCAAAGAGUCAAACCAAACGACAUGUUAAAUGAAUUACAAGGAAGAUUACCUGUCCAUGUUACUUUAUCUAGCUUAACUAUUAAAGAUUUUAUUGAAAUAUUGACUAAAACUCAUAAUAAUUUAAUACAGCAAAAUAUAGCUUUACUAAAAACAGAAGGAAUUGAUUUACAAUUUACUGAAGAUGCCAUAGAAACUAUUGCAAAUGCUGCUCAUGACAUGAACUUUUAUAUUGAGAAUAUUGGAGUGCGUAGAUUGCAUACAAUUAUUGAAAAAAUUAUGGAGGAUAUUAAUUAUGAUGUUUACAAUUAUGUUAACCAAACUGUAGUUAUUGAUAAAGAAAAAGUGAAGAAAUCAUUAGAAGGCUUUAUAAAGCAGUAUGACUUAAAAAAGUAUAUAAUUUGA